AUGGAGGAUUCUUUUUUGCGCUUAAUUGGGCCAUCACGUGCAAUUGUGUUAACAGACAUAGUUGACAUUGAAAUCCAACUGAAAGUGAAAGGUCCAACAAUGUCUCAAGAUAAAGCAUUGAUCAGCUAUGUCGCCAAUUAUAGUGGAGGAGGUCUUGGCGUAUCGACCCUUUGCAUUGAUAAUUGUUUGUGUACACUGGAGUUAUGCUUGCAGCAUGUCAAACGAACAGUCCAGGCUACCAUCUUGAGUGUCCAAGUUGUCAAGUGUGGUUCAUGGCCGUUUGAAUAUGGUGGCCGAGUUGCUUGCUCCUCAGCUUCACGGGAAACGGUGGUCACUGAUAGUGGAGUCACUUGUGCUAUUAAUCCCUCAUCUAGCCAAAUUGUAAUGCUUGAAUCAAAAGAUGGAGCAAUGCUGAAAGGUCUUAAUGGUCACAUAUACCUGCCGAGGCAAGUUGUUUCUGUAGAAAUUGAAGGAGUGUUGGACAUUGCCAUAGAAGCCUACACAAAAUCUGGUGAUAUCGGUGCACAGGGUCGUAUUUGUUUCGCGCCCCAGGUUUGCAACAUAAGCCAGGAUAAAUUUGCCAUUGCUGAUGUUGAGGUGAUGAUUACGAUUGCUUGGUCCCUUGUCCCUACAAGCAAAAGGGAAAUUGUGGCACAACGACAGUUUCUCUAAAGCUGAUAUCUAGGAGGUUGUGGC